GCACACCGCUCCUUUCCCCUUUUUAAUCAAACUCUCUCUCAUACACACCACAUUUUCUCUCAUUCUCUCUAUAGAGAUAAACUCUCCAUUCCCAGCCAUGGCGCCUGAGAAGGUGACCGAAAUGAUCCUGAAUGUUGAUCUCAAGUGCUCCGGUUGCUACAAGAAGGUGAAGAAAGUCAUCUGCAAAAUCCCCCAAAUAAGAGACCAAAUGUUUGAUGUGGAAAAAAACAAGGUAAAGAUCAUUGUGGUAUGUUGUAGCCCUGAGAAAAUUCGUGACAAGCUUUGUUACAAGGGUGGAGGUGCCAUCCAGAGUAUAGAGAUCAUUGAAAAGCCACCUGGUCCACCUGCGGAUAAGCCCAAGCCGCCUGCAGACAAGCCGAAGCCGCCUGCGGAUAAGCCCAAGCCCCCUGGCGACAAGCCGCCUGCAGACAAGCCGAAGCCGCCUGCGGAUAAGCCCAAGCCGCCUGCCGACAAGCCUGCCGACAAGCCCAAGCCUCCUGCUGACAAGCCCAAGCCGCCUGGAGACAAGCCCCCUGAGAAGAAGCCUGACGAGAAGCCUGCCGACAAGCCCAAGCCACCUGCUGACAAGCCUAAAGAUGGCGAAAAACCUAAGGAAGGACCAAAGAAAGCGGAUGCUGGUCCAGGCCCUGAUGUUGCAAAGAUGGUGUAUGAGCCCGUACACGGCUAUCCACAAAUGUACCCACCAUCGGCUUACCCGAUGGUGGGAUACGGGCAGUAUUAUGAUCAAGGUUAUGGUGGCGCUCCGUUUCAGCAUGGCUAUGGGAUGCCAAUAGCGCCACCACCACCACCCCCGCCAAGUUAUGGCGGGUUUGGAUAUGACAAUGGAUACAAUGGAUACAAUGGGUACAAUGGAAACAGGAAUCAUUAUGGAGGUGAAGAGGAUGGAGAAGGUUGCUCAAUCAUGUAACCUGGUGGUUGUAGGGUGGUCACUUUCAUGGUGCAACAAAUAUUGUUAAUGGUGAUGAUAAAUAAGGGUAUCAUAAAAUAUUUUGCUUUGUUAUAUUAGAACAUUGUUAUAUGAAAAGAAAAAAUACAUUGGAAAAGGGGGUUAAUACAUUUCACACAAGUCAAAAAGUAUGAUCUAAGAAAGGAGAAGCUUUAUUAAAUGUUUGUUUUUAUUUGGCAACUAUAGGCUGUCAUCUCCCAUGUUCCUUGCUUUUUUUUCAAAAGUUUCAUUUUUAUAUCAUACACAAAUAAGUAUAAAAUUGCAAAAUUUAUUGAUAUCUUUUGAUGAUUA